UUUGCGGACUGUAAAAUACUCUCCGCACCUCGUGCCAAUGAACUGACAGGUUUCAGGCGCGCUCUACUUUAUGCAACGCACUGCUUUAUAUCUGCGGAAGAAUACUUUAAAAUUUACUGGCCAGUCUCUUUGUUGAAGCUGGAGAAAUUGCGGUUCUUUUUGAGACACCGCUGCUCAUUGGUUGCAGUGGACCUGCAAUAUUCUGCUCACUGUACGAGCUCCCAAGAUUGGCUACGUUGGAUCUGCAAUGCGUCAAGCAAUGGCGAUUAUGUUACGGAUUGUUUCAGGAAAACGAUGUAGCAGGACAGUCUAUAUUUGACCACAAAGCAUUUUGUCAAUAUUGUAUUAUUUACUUUCGACAAAACGUGUUUUUAGUCUGUAGUUUCUCAAAAGUGUAGACUACCUCUUCAUCUGACAGUGGCUCGAUUUGAGGAGUGGGCUGAUUCGCGAUUGGUCACUACAAAUCUACACGGAACUAUUUUGUAGUCGCGAAAUUUAAAAUGACAGGAUAAGGGAUAUGACAUUUCCAUUGAAUAAAUUGUCUUCUAUUUUCAACAAAAUGUUGUAAAUUCGAGUACUGAAUUUAAAUCAAUGUUUACUAUAUCGAAACAAAAUGUUUAAUAAUAAACGUCAAUGGUGAUACCUAUUUGGCAAUAAUCUCUAACCCUGCAGCAUUGGAUCGACAAAAACGUGUUAACGGUUUGUCCAUGUUCACGCAGAGGUUAUCGAAUUAGUUUUGUAUGGUCAUGCAAUAAGAAGCAUAUUUAAGUAAUGAAAAAAUCAGUAUGGAAGAUGACCUUAGACAGUAGACAAACUUCCUUAAAAUUCAAGCUGUCUCCAGCAAGUAACUGACGCGUUGAAUGUGACGUCAUAUUCACGCGACUGUUUACAUCCACACGAAAACAUUGGCAACAUGGCUCUUUUUCCAGCUUUUGCAGCUUUAUCAAAUACUAAAGAUGAGAAUUCACCUAAAGAUUUAGAAUGGCUGAGCAAUCAAAGUUUCCGCACCGACGAUGCCCUUUCUAUCCACCAGCGAGCCACUGAGAAAGCCAACGAAGCAGAACCGGCACAAACAAGACUUGUUACAAAAGAGAGGGAGGAUAAGAAUCACAUCUCAUCUAAGAAAAAGAAAAAGGAGAAGGAGAAGAAGAAGAAGAAAAGGAAGAAGCACAAGAAGAGUGGAGAACCCUCCCCAGCAAACAGUGGCUCAGAUUCAGAUACUAUCUACCCCAGUGAUCUCCUGAAAAAAGCACAGAGCACUUCUCCCAGUGAGGAGGUAAAGGGUCAGGACGAGGGGUCAUUUGUGUGGUUGGAUGACCUCCAGACCCCCACAGAUCGACCUUUCUGUGUGGACAGGAGAGCGGACCGGGCCAAUUGGGAGUACAAAUCUCUCUACAGAGGAGACAUCGCCAGGUACAAGAGGAAAGGCAGUUCCUCCCUGGGCUUGAACCCGCGGUCCCAGGCUGUGAGCUGGGCUGAGUCGGGCCCAGAGAAGAAGAAGUCGGACAGGCGAAACAGACCUGUCCGCUACUUUUCUCCCAGCGUCCGCCAGCACCUGCGGUCAGACGGCCAACCUGUGCUCCCCAGUCCCCCUCCGGAAGGCGGCGCCAUCACCUCGCCCUUCAUCCCGGUGCCCCCCUGCCUGGAAGUCGAGGUAGAGGGCAUGGCCAAGGGGCAGUCCUCCUGGGUUAACCCCCUGGGGGUGUAUGACUCGGCCACCUCCCUGUGGCUUCAGGGGAAGGGGAAGGCCGAGCAUGGCCGGGCGGAGGAACCGCCUCCCGCUCCCAGGGACCCCUCGGCCGCCCUGCUGGCUGAACGCGUGGAGGACUUCAACAGGAGGCUGAGGGAAAACCCGGAGGACACGCAUGCGUGGCUCCGCUUCGUCCGCUUCCAGGACGAGGUGGCGAGUGGCCCCGGGGCGUUCGGCGACCCCCCCGAGAAUGAGACGGAGCGGCGGAAGAGCUCGGUGCGGGCCACGCUGGAGAAGAAGGUGGCCAUUUUGGAUCGAGCGGUGGACAGUAACCCCGGCUGCGUGGAGCUGAAGCUGGAGCGACUGCGACUGUGCAGAGAGCUGUGGGAGCCCGCCGUCCUGCUGAAAGAGUGGAAGAAGCUGGUGUUCGUGCACCCCAACAGUGCCCCCCUGUGGAAGAAGUACCUGCUGUUCGUGCAGAGCCACUUCAGCACCUUCUCGGUGUCUAAGGUCAACGGCGUGUACGGCAAGUGUCUGAGCACGCUGGCGGCGGUGCAGGACGGGAGCAUGGUGUCUCACGAUGCGUUGCCGGGCACUGAAGAACACAUGCUAGGCAUCUUCCUGCAGCAGUGUCAUUUCCUCAGGCAGGCUGGCCACUCGGAGAAAGCUGUGUGUCUGUUCCAGGGCAUGCUGGACUUCACCUUUUUCAAGCCAGACACUGUCAAGGACCUGCCCACAAGACAACAGGUGGAGUUCUUUGAGACAUUCUGGGACAGUGGGGAGCCCCGGGUCGGGGAGAGAGGGGCCAGGGGAUGGAGAGCCUGGAUGACCCAGCAGGAGAGAGGGGGUUGGCUACAACCCAAUGAACCAGAUGACGAAGAUGACGAAGAUCAGGAGGAAUCUGAGGUAAAGGAUAUGACCUGGCCCAAGUGGAAGAUCUGGUUGGAUGUGGAGACUUCACGUGAGGCUGUCCAUUGGUUGCCGUGGAGGCCGGACAAGACCAAGGGCCAAUCAGUGGAGGACUGUGAGGACCCAGAUCGACAGGUCCUGUUUGAUGACAUUGGUCCGUCUAUGAUCCGGCUGGUCCGCCCAGACCUCCAGCUCUGUCUUCUUCUGUCCUUCCUGCACUUCCUGGGUCUUCCUGCUGACCCAUCCUGUUACAGCGCCCCCUCCUGGAGUGUGCUUCUGGAUGACCUGACUCUGCUGGAAGAAGUUCACGACCAAGAUGCCCCUUUGACUUCAUACGACCUUCUUGUCCCUGGGGUCAGCCCUGUAGGUCACAUGACCUCUCUUCAGGGCACCAGGAAGGGGGCAGGACUGUGUAAGCAAGGGGAGGAGUUUCUAGACAACAUGUUCCAGAUGAUUCUGCCUUUGCUGCCUGCUCAGGAGAGAGCCAUCCUUUCACUGCAUUGGAUCCAGUAUGAGAAGCUCAAGGUGCUGAGGUGUGCACGCGGCAGGAACAAGAAACGCUUAAAAGCCCAGGGGAAGAGGAGCAAACGCCUGGCUAAACGUCUGCUUAAAGAGCCAGAGAACCGCGGCCGCCUCAGCCUGUGGAGGGAGUACGCCCACCUGGAAUGGCUGCUGGGGAAUCUGGAGGAGGCCCGCAAGGUGUUUGACACAGCCUUGGGCCUGGGUGUGUCAGGGGGGCUGGCGGACCCAGCCCUGUGUGACCUCUGCCUGCUCUACGCCCAGCUGGAGGUGGAGGAGGCCUGGAGGGUUGGGUCGGGCGGAUGUGGGCUUGGGGUGAACGUGGCGACAGUCACAUCUUCGCCCGCGGUCUAUGUCCUCGCCAAGUUAGCGGAGGGGAGUUCGUACGCCCCCUUCUCUGGACAGUUGGCUCCAGUGGCUGUUCUGAAGGCCCGGAAGACCUAUGAGCAGGCUGUGGAGAGCUACCUGCCUGGGCUAGUGGAGGGGGCCUCUGGGUUGGGACACGCCAAGAAACCCAGGCGGGUCAAAGGUCUGGUAGGUUGUUAUGCCCUCUUCCAGUACCUGACUGUGGGGAUCGACGCUACCGACGCGGUCUACAAUCUGGCAAGGGAGAGGCUGGAGCAGCAGCCCAACACGGCAGCCCAGGAGCAGGUUGUCGGCGAGCUCGAUUGGACCCGGAGCACCGCCUUAGAGUGCGAGGCCCUGGCUGUCCAGCGGGCGGCUUUGCUGCGCCACCACACCGACGCUAGCGUCUACCCGCUCGGCCACCUCAGGCUGGCGCUGACCUCGGCGCUGGUCCGCUUCCCCUCUAGCGCCCCUCUGUGGCGGCUGUACGUACAGGUGGAGAACCGCUACCACAGUGCUGGAAGGGCUCGCCGCUUCUUCCACAGCGUGACCAAGGUUAGCGCCAGUGUGGUGCCGCGCUUGUUCGCCAUCAGCGCAGAGCAGCGGAGGAAACAGUUGGUGGACUCUGUUCAGAGGGCUGGUUCCUAUGGCGACACCCUGUCAACCCUGCCGGAGAAUGGCCUGAGCAACCGUAUCCGUUGUCUGUUUGAGAACGCCAUAGCAACAGAGCACGGGGUCCACUGUCCUUUGCUCUGGAGGAUGUACAUGAACUUCCUGGUGUCAGAAGGGAAGGUGGAGACUGGAAGAGGGAUCUUCUACAAGGCUCUCCAGGACAUCCCGUGGGCGAAGGGUUUAUACAUGGACGCGGCGCAGCUCUUCCCUGAUCAUGUGCAGGAGUUCCUGGACCUAAUGACGGAGAAGGAGCUCCGACUGAGGGUUCCCAUGGAGGAGGUGGACAUUCUGCUGGAGGAUUGAGGCCAUGAACUACUUCCACAGUUUCCUGGAACCUGGCUUUUUUAGACAGACUGUGGACACAGAAGCCAUGCACAUGCUAAUAGAACCACCAAGUGUCUGUGAACAAAAUAAUGUUGCUCUUCAAACAGAUGUGUUUUUCUGGGUUAAAUACCUUUUCCAUAUUUUGAUGGAGUGAAUAUCGAUUUUUAUGUCAAGGAGAUCAAAAUGAUAAAUAGAUUACUGUGAAUAAAUGAUUUGUUUCCUUAC